AUGCAUGCAACGACCACCACAGGCACAGGAAAUCCCCUGCUGCUGUUCGGACCUCAACUUCCGCGACUGAUCCCAACCCGUCUAACUGAGCUUCGGAAUACCAUUGUCGCUGGCGAUGAACGAUUCCGCUUCUUGGUCCGUACCAUCCACGGGCUGCCCUCCGUAUGGCCCGUUAUUCAGCAGGCCUGUCCAGCAUUGCUGAACCUGCCGGGGGCCCAGCAGUUGAGCCAGCUCGUGGACUUCGUCGAGAACGGAGAGAUGCCUCGCAUGAAAUCCCCCAACAACAUCCUCCUAGUCCCCCUGACAGUCCUCUUGCAGGUCGUCGAGUACUUGCAACUGGGCCGCACGCCUGUCGACGUUCAGGGCUUUUGCAUUGGGUUUCUGACCGCAGCGACAAUAGCCUGUAGCCGGAGUCAUUCCGAAUUUGAGGAGCUGGUGACUAGAACCAUGUGCCUGGCUGUGUGCAUUGGCGCCGUUAUCGACGUGGACGAGCGGUCUCACCUUGAUCUGCUUGACAGAAGUUCAGCCUAUUCCGUCUACUGGUCGACGGACUGGGAGAGGGAGCACCUGUCCAAGUUCCUCCAGCUUUUUCCCAAAGCCUAUAUUUCCUGCGUCACAGAUGUAUCCCGUGUCACGGUGACACUCCCCUCUCGAGAUGGCGCCUUGCUUACCCUACAGCUGGCAGAUGAAGGUCUCUCGGUAGUACCAAUUGGGCUGGGGGGUCGCUAUCACCUUCGUGAACGACAGGAAACUGUUACUCAAGUGAAACAGCUUUGCAGCCAACAACCUGAUUUCCAACUUCCCUCUGCGGAUCAAUUGAACCUGUCCUUACGCUCUACAGCCGAUGCCUGCGUGAUCCGUGACGGGGCUCUCCAUGAGAUUGCAUUGGACACUAUACUCAUCCAGACGUGCCAAUGGUAUGACACCGUGGAGCGUGCUCUGCAGGCUCAUCCCGGGGCCGAUCUUGUCGCCAUUGGGGGUUCGGGGGCAGUUCCUCCCUCGCUGGUCCCAAAGCUGAAUGGAAACAUGAUGCUUAAUGGCUCUGUGGACACGCCUGCUGAGUCGUCGGGUCGUCAGACACCAGCCAGCCCUGUUGACGCAGUGUCAGAUAUGACCAACGGCUCCGUUGCCGUCAUCGGAAUGGCAUGCCGCUAUCCCCAGGCCGAGUCGGUGCAGCAAUUCUGGGAGCUGAUCAACUCCGGGCGGAAUGCGGUUGGGCCUCUGCCAAAGAAUCGAUUUCGGUGUGAGGACUUGACCCGAGAGCCCAAGGGCCCGUUCUGGGGCAAUUUCCUCGAAGAUCCCCAGGCAUUUGACCAUCGCUUCUUCAAGAUCUCGAGUCGCGAAGCCGAAUCCAUGGAUCCCCAGCAGCGACUACUGCUUCAGGUCGCAUAUGAGGCCAUGGAAUCGGCUGGAUGCAGCACGCGCUCAGAGAGACAGACCGAUCAAGUCGGUUGUUACAUCGGCGUGGGCUCGGUCGACUACGAAGCAAAUGUGGCAUCCGACAACGCGACGGCCUUUUCGGCUACGGGGACCCUUCGCGCCUUUAUCAGUGGCAAGGUCAGUCAUUACUUUGGCUGGACCGGACCGUCAGUCACCUUCGACACGGCGUGCUCUUCCUCAGCAGUUGCCAUCCACUAUGCUUGCAAGGCACUCCAAACGAAUGAAUGCUCCGUCGCCAUUGCGGGUGGAGUUAAUAUCAUCACUGCCCCGAGCCUCUACCAGAACUUGGGGGCGGCAUCGUUUCUGAGUCCGACCGGUGCCUCGAAAGCAUUUGAUAUCAAAGGCGAUGGAUAUUGUCGCGGCGAAGGUGCAGGCGUGCUCGUCUUGAAGCCGCUGGCACAGGCCAUGGAGGACAAGGACCCCAUCCUGGGUGUCAUUCGGGGAUCAGCCGUCAACCAGGGCUCGAACUGUAGUCCGAUCACGGUGCCAGACUCGGAAUCCCAAAGCGAGUUGUAUAAACAAGCCCUUGCUCGCGGUGGGAUCCUCCCAGCAGAUGUCUCCUACGUUGAGGCGCAUGGCACAGGGACGCCAGUGGGAGAUCCCAUUGAAUGUGAUAGCAUUCGAAAGGCUUUUGGUGGUCCAAAUCGCACGCAGCAGCUCGUCAUCGGAUCGGUGAAGGACGUCAUCGGCCAUACUGAAGCAGCAUCUGGAGUGGCCGGCUGCAUCAAAACGCUGUUGAUGAUCCAGCAUGGGAUCAUCCCAAAGCAGCCCAAUUUCACCCAGCUCAACCCAAAGAUCUCUGCACUGGAGCCAGACAACAUGUACAUCGCCGACAGAAGACGCCCGUGGCAAUCCCCCAGGCGUACCGCUCUGGUGAACAACUACGGCGCUGCCGGCAGCAAUGCGGCCAUCCUGCUGCAGGAGCAUUGUCCACGACCAUCUCCCCAUGUAAAUAGGGCUGUGGGCGUAAGUGGGCUUGCGGAGUAUCCUAUUGUGAUGGCUUCCAAGACUCCGGAGAGCCUGCGUGCCUACAGCAGCGCAUUGAAACAUGCCCUAAAUCGUGGUGUGAUUUCCGAAAAGACAACUUCGCUGGCAGAUAUUGCAUACAAUCUGGCGCGUAAACAAAAUCGCGGCUUGGAAUACAUACAUACGACGACGGCCACGAGUUUUACUGACCUGUCGCAGCAGCUGGACAUGAUCGUCUCUGGGUCCCAGCAGCCAGCCAAAAUGCUAACCCAGCCGCCUCCGGUCGUGCUGUGCUUCGGUGGGCAAACGGGACGCAUCGUCAGUCUCUCCGAGAGGCUGGUAAGGGAUUCGGCGCUGCUGCGCAAGCACCUCGACCGCUGCGAUGUCGGCUGCCAGGCUCUGGGAUUGCCCUCGCUUUUCCCACGUAUCUUUGAUCCUUCCCCCCAUUGA